UUCUGCCAUUUAGCAGCACAACUUCUGCAUUCUCCUCCCACUGCAACAACAUCUGCACACAAAUGCGGACUACCUAACGUGGAUAUACUGUAGCACCCACUCAGUGUGCGCUGUUGUUGAUGUUUUUUUGUCCGAUGGAAACUUUCCCCUCCACAUCAGCCAUGGCAAAGUGGUUCAUGCACACGCUGCAUGUGUUGAUGCUCCUGCAGAGCACUUGGAGUAAAAUGUCCGUGGACGUGCGAGGUGCCGCCGUGCGUCCGAGCGGCCACUCUGCGCCGGAGCAGCGCGUCUUUACGCACGCAACCAUGGCCACCGUCAGCAUGCUGCAAGUCUACGAGAGAUACAGCAAGGACCCACGCAGCCACAACGAGGGGAACACCGUGAGAAGCUUCACAGCUGUCCCGAAAGCGUCACACGGAAAAGAAAUGUUGCAGUUCAAUUUAUCGUCCAUCCAAAACUCUGAGGUCAUCCUCUCUGCCUCCUUCCACUUCUUCUACACACGUCAAUGCCACCGUCUGUGGCGUUCCCGUCGCCGUCAUCCUCUGGUCCUCUUCCAUGAAUUGUUGUCCAACAAUCUGCUGGGAAACGCCACUCUGAGCUCCUUUAAGAAAGGAGCCUGGCAGUCAGUGGACGUCACAAGCGUAGUCCAACAAGGCAAAGAUCGGGUCAUCAUGGUGGAGUCCGAUUUCAUUUUAGCAGGAAUGCGACAGAGGAGUCCCAACGACCACGAGCGUCUCUCUUCGGACAUUAUGCCUUUUUUAAUCCUCUACGCCGAUGACCAGGCCAUAAAUGAGCCCAACAGCGUGGCCGCCACACUCCAAAGGUACAAACCUUUAAGAGUGGAGGAAGAUGCAACCGCAUCAUCCUCAAGAAUCCGAAGGGAGCUCCAUCACCAAAUCCAAACCAAUGACAUACCAGAGGUCCAGUUCGGCACCUUAAAGAACCACAAACUGUGGCAAAGCACUUUUUUCCCUGGCAAAUCCAAAGCCAAAGCAGGAAGGAAGCAGCACCAGGAGGACCGGGAGGCCCUGGGCAAACAGCAGGUGCUGAGCUUUGACGAGAGGACAAUGAAGAAGGCCAGGAGGAGACAGUGGAGUGAGCCCAGGGUUUGCUCAAGGCGCUACCUCAGGGUGGACUUUGCUGACAUUGGAUGGAGCGAGUGGGUUUUAGCGCCAAAGUCAUUUGACGCCUACUACUGCGCUGGUUCUUGUGGAUUCCCCAUCCCUAAGGUGGUACGUCCAUCCAAUCACGCCACCAUCCAGAGCAUCGUCAAAGCUGUGGGAAUCGUGCCGGGUAUUCCAGAACCAUGCUGCGUACCAGAAAAGAUGAGUCCUCUCAGUGUGCUUUUCCUGGACCCCACUAGGAAUAUGGUCCUCAAGGUUUACCCGGGAAUGUCUGUGGAUACCUGUGCCUGCCGGUAGGAGCCGAGAUCACCCAUCUUUUUUUUUUUUUCCUUCCUACAAACUGCCGUUCAGCGAUGACAAGAAGAAUUUUAUUUUUAUGACUCCUGGAAAGCUUUGGAGAUGUCAAAAACUGAAUCACAUAACAUUAAGUUACGUCAUUUCAACUUCCAUCCAUCCAUCCAUUUUCUACCGCUUGUACUU